GCUAGGCGGAAAGGCAGCUAGAUACAUUAAGGUGCAUGGCCAUUGUAAAGGGGUCCUGGUUCUAUGAUCGAGAUGUUGAAAAAAAACUGUGCCAUGCAGGAUCUCAGUAUUUAAUUGCCUUUUUACCGUGAAAAAGGGCUUCAGUGCAAACUAGCUCCCACAGAAGCGCGCUUAGAACCUAAAAUGGCUGUAUCUUUGCUCUCAGUAGCAUUCUUCCUGGUUUAGUUUUGAUGAUUUAAUUGUUUUCUAUUAUUCGCUCACUGUUUCUUUUAACUUAAAAUAUAGGAUUGAUUACUGCCAAAUAAAACCUCUUGGGAUUUUUCCCCAUAGGGAAUUCCUUGUCUUUAUGAGAUGCUUUUUUCCCUAUUAAUGUUAUUUAAGAUCAGAUAUAAUUUUGCUGCUUAUUCAUACAGGGUGAUUCACUUUCCAAUUCCGUUUUGUCUGGUGGCUAAGCUUGCAAGUAUUACUUGCUCUCAGUGCGAUGUCUGACUAAAAUAAUUCCUGCUCUGUAGAUUGUAAGUGGACAGGAUCAACCCCUCUUCCAUUUCUAGAAAGGUGGGAAAGGAGAAGAGAAAGAAACGUAUCAGAUUUGAGGGAGGGCAAAAGUAAUGCCAAGGAUUUUGACUCCACCCCUUGAAAAUGUCUGUUUAAAGGCACUUGCUGCAUUAGACCAACAGUUUCAUACCCCAAAGGUGGUAAACAUGGCUGAGGAUAAAAACAACUUUGCUGAUGAGAUAAAUAAAGCGCUGGCAAAGUCUGAAGGGCUCACCUUGAAGGAGCUGCGGUUCUCCUAUUGAGGGACCCCGUAUCCUGCCACAGUGUGCAGCGUGGAAACGUUCCAAGCUCUGGAGAACCUGGAAGCCAGAAGAGAUGAUAUGGUGCUGGUGUCCUACCCCAAAUGCGGUGUGAACUGGCUUAUCCAGAUUUUAAGUGAUUUGAUAUUUACAACUAUCCAGAGUAAACCUGUAAGCACAGAACUACCAUUUAUUGAAUGUGGAGAUCCAGAUAAAUAUCAGAGGAUGAAGCAGAUUCCGUCCCCAAGGAUUUUGGCAACACAUCUGAAUUAUGAUUGCCUCCCCAAGUCUAUUUUCAAGAACAAAGCCAAGAUACUAGUGUUGUUUCGAAACCCUAAAGAUACAGCUGUUUCAUUUUUCCAUUUCCACAACAAUGUGCCAAGUGUCCCCAGUUACAGCUCCUGGGAUGAGUUCUUCUUAGAGUUCAUGAAUGGGAAAGUUGGCUGGGGAUCCUAUUUUGAUCAUGCAGUCACCUGGAACAAACACAUUGAGGAUGAGAAUACUAUGGUCAUAAUGUAUGAAGACCUGAAAGAGAACCUGACUGGCAGUGUAAAGCAGAUAGCUGAAUUCUUUGGAUUCUCCCCAACGGCGGAAGAGAUCCAGUCCAUUGCGGACAGGGCCACUUUCCAGGCAGUGAAGGAUAAGGCUCAGGAGACUCAUGGUGCUGUUGGCUCAAUUCUUUUCCGCAAAGGUGUUGUUGGAGACUGGAAAAAUCUUUUCACUGAAGCUCAGAACCAGGAAAUGGAUGCCAAAUUCAAAGUAUGCUUAGAGGGAACUAAGCUGGGAGAAAAAUUAAAAUAUGAUGUGUACUGCAAGACCUGAACCUCCUUUACAGAAAAAAACUCAUUUGUACACUUUUAUGAAAUAAAACAAAAGGCAGGGCAAUAUCUGAUUUAAAAAUUUUGAAAAUCCAUGCAAUUUGCAAACCUGUUGCUGCUGGCUUAACUUACAGAAGGAAUCCUUGCUCAUGCAGUUAGUAUCAUCGACUUCACUGGAUUCUCUUAAAUGACCUGUAGCUCUUUGCCCUCACUUGGUUUUAACACUGAGUUUUAGCUGUGAUUUGUUACCUGGUAGAAUCCUGAGUGGAAAAUACAUGCAGUAUUUAAACCUGCUGAAAUCACUGGAAAUAUAUUCAGUAUAUUGGAAGUGCUUUUCCAAGAGACUUUUUAAAACUAUCAUGAAGUGUCAUGUU